AUGAACGAGACAGGUACUGUUUCCGAUAGCCACGACGUGGAGAAAGUACUAGUUGAGCAGAAGCUCGCUGUUGAGUCGAUUAGAACAUUUUUGAAGAGUAAAACAUCGUACGAUGUGUUGCCUGUUUCGUAUAGAUUAGUCGUCCUAGAUACAUCAUUACUGGUAAAGAAGUCCCUAAAUGUGUUAUUACAGAAUAACAUUGUCUCUGCACCACUAUGGGAUUCGAAAUCCUCGAAGUUUGCAGGAUUAUUAACCUCUAACGAUUUUAUCAAUGUCAUUCAAUAUUAUUUUUCAAAUCCUGAUAAGUUUGAAUUAAUCGACAAAUUACAACUUGAAGGUUUGAGGGAUGUUGAGAGAGCUAUUGGUGUUGAACCUUUAGACACUGCAUCGAUUCAUCCUUCACGACCUUUAUUUGAAGCAUGUCUAAAGAUGUUAGAUUCUAAGAGUCGUAGAAUUCCAUUGAUUGAUAAAGAUGAAGAAACGCAUCGUGAAAUUGUUGUGAGUGUGUUGACACAAUACAGAAUUUUGAAGUUUGUAUCCCUAAAUUGUAGAGAAACUCAUUUUUUAAAGAGACCUAUUGGUGAUUUAGGGAUUAUCAGUGAUAAUGAAGUUAAGAGUUGUCAUAUGACUACUCCUGUGAUAGAUGUAAUCCAAUUAUUAUCACAAGGUGGAGUAUCUUCCAUUCCUAUAGUAGACGAUCAAGGUGUCCUAGUAAAUGUUUAUGAAGCAGUUGAUGUCCUAGGGUUAAUUAAAGGUGGUAUUUACAACGAUUUGUCUCUAAGUGUUGGAGAGGCUCUAAUGCGUCGUAGCGAUGAUUUUGAAGGUGUAUAUACUUGUACAAGAAAUGAUAGAUUAUCCACGAUUAUGGACAACAUUAGAAAGUCUCGUGUGCAUAGAUUCUUUGUUGUUGAUGAAGCUGGUAGACUUGCUGGGGUACUUACCUUGAGUGAUAUCCUUAAUUACAUCCUUUUGGGUGCCAAUUAA